AUGGAAUUUGCACAUGUCUCUGUUUUAGCUCUGUUUUGUUUGGCUUUUGUGGGAAUUGGUGCAACACCAUCCGGAGAAGAUUAUUGGCAAUCUGUUUGGCCAAGCACUCCUCUGCCAAAGGCUUUCUAUGAUCUGUUGAUUCCUUCUGGCAAAACUACUAACCUACCCAUCAGAGCCAAUGAAUUGAACCAAUACUCCACACUCUUUUUUCAACAUGACCUCUAUCCCGGAAAGAAAUUUACCUUGGGUAACACUCAAUCUGAGGGAAAUAUCAUACGAAAAAUCGGAAAACAGAGACAAGGUGUUACAGAUUCCAUAUGGCUGGCAAAUAAAGACAAACAAAGUCUUGAUGACUUUUGUAACAGCCCAACUGCUAAAGGAGAACACAAACAUUGUGUAUCAUCCUUGGAAUCAAUGAUUGAUCAUGUCAUUUCACAUUUCGGAACAACUAAGAUUAAGGCUAUUUCAAGUACCUUUGCCCAAAAUCAAGACCAGUAUGUAGUGGAGGAAGUGAAAAAAGUUGGAGACAAUGCAGUGAUGUGUCAUAGACUGAAUUUCGAAAAAGUUGUAUUCAAUUGCCACCAAGUACGUGCAACUAACGCUUAUGUGGUCUCAUUGGUAGCCACCGAUGGAACUAAAACUAACGCUUUAACAGUUUGCCACCAUGAUACAAGAGGAAUGAAUCCUGAAUUGCUUUAUGAUGCUCUGAAAGUAGACCCUGGAACUGUUCCUGUUUGCCAUUUCAUUGGCAAUAAGGCUGCUGCUUGGGUACCCAAUAAUUCUGUUGAUCAUCCUUGUGUGAUCUAGAUGCUAACUGGUUGUGCACCUUCAUGGGAUCCUCAUGUUCAAACUGGACUUGUUUCAAAAUAAUGUGUGCAUGUAUGGAGAACUAUGAUGUGCAAGUAUCAGAUCUCAUGUAUUUCAAAUAAAACUAGUUAGAACUUUGCAUGUACUAGUAGCUUCGUGCCUAGUAAACUUAUGUAUGUAUGAAAUCGAUAAUGAAAAAAAAAAAUGUUGUGUUUGAUAUAAUAUAUUGUUGAUAUAUAUCUUAUAAUUUAUUUUAAAGUUAUUUAAUGAUUUAUUAAACGUGUUUUACGUCAAAUACACAUUACUUUUGUUGGUAUCAUACCGAGAGAAA